AUGUCCCACACCAUCAGGAGCAUGCCCAGGAGACGUGCUUCUCCAGGGGCACCCCCAGGAUGGCUGAACCGGGAGCCCCCAUCCUGGCCACCUCAGUGCCGUCUGUGCUCCCCCACCCCUGCCCUCCCCUCCUCCAUCAACUCCAAUGUUAAGAAAGCUGAGCCGGAGGCAGUGCUGAGCCGGAUAUGCAGCAACUCCCUGCAUUCCUCCUUGACGGCACCUGGUGAAGCCACAGCAGCCACCACGGAGAGGGUGCAGGACCCACCGCCGGGCCCACCGUGUCCCCUUGCCGGGGCAGCCUGGGCCCCCCACGCCCCCCGCGGCCCCCCCCAGGGGUGCUUUGCCUGCAUCACCAAGCCGCCCGCCCUGCAGCCCGCGUCGCCCAUCCUGGCACCUGCCUCUGCUGGGUACCUCAUGGAGAGCAAGAGCUGCAAAGGGGAUAGCCUGCGACCGGCUCUUCAGUGCAAGCACUUGGUAGAGAAGAAGACGAUGACCAAUCCCACCACAGUGAUCGAGAUCUACCCAGAUACCACCGAGGUGAACGAUUACUAUCUCUGGUCCAUCUUCAACUUUGUCUACCUCAACUUCUGCUGCCUCGGCUUCAUUGCCUUGGCCUACUCACUGAAAGUCCGGGAUAAGAAACUCCUCAAUGACUUAAACGGAGCAGUUGAAGAUGCCAAGACAGCCCGGCUUUUUAACAUCACCAGCUCAGCCCUUGCCACCUUCUGUAUCAUCCUUAUCUUUAUCUUCCUGCGAUAUCCACUCACUGACUACUAGAGUGAGGCCAGCAGCAACAACAGCUGCAAAAUGCCUCUACACUGAAAGCGUCUGCAGUUAUUACCUGUAGCAAGGACACAAAAACAACACUCCACCUUGACUGCAAAAAAAAAAAGUAAAUACGUAACUAAAAAUUAAAUGAAUUUA